CGAUUGUCUCGUACCUCGUGCAGGUAGUUCGAACCAAAACAAAUCAAGGCGCCAAAGUAGUUUCACCUGUGCUCUCUUCCUAUGCGAUUGUUGCGCAUGAGUUAUCAUCAGAGCUGAUCUGUAUAGUAUUUUAACGAUAAUUCGUUUACGGCAGAACACAAAGAUUCAAAUUUUUGGUGAGAUGCUGCCUAACAAGUUCCCACUCGGAGUUGGCUUGUUACUGGCCGCCAUACUGGUCACGAUCGACGCUGGUCCAAUGUACUACAAAAAGAUCUCCGGUCAAAAAUAUGAACCAGAUUGGGUAGCAGUGUCAUCAACCGUCAUACCGCUGACCGAAUAUCGUUUAAGCGUGGGUGCCAUCGUCCCCGAUGGACUCGCCCGAGCAGCCUCGAUACCGGACGAAUAUAGGCGAGCUUACCAGCGGCACAAGAAACUGACGGCUGUCAGUAAGUUGAAACUGCCGACGGGCAAGUCGUCGGGUAGGGAGGUAGCGCCAUUGGUUCAGGAGAAUCCCGAUACGCUCAUCACUGCUAAUAAGAAAUUCUACGAGAAGAAGUUGGCGGGCAAUUGAAGGCGCGUUGGAGGCGAUACAUACUUGGAGAUUGGCGAAAAGUUUGAGUUAUUUUUUAACACUAUGAUUAACGAUGUGCCACAAUUUAAGAACAAUGGAAAUAAAUUGUUAUUGUUUAAUUUGUUUAGUCUUAUAAGUGGAAAAAUGAUGUUUCAA